AUGCACUUGGACAGGACUCUGUGGUGUGAAUAGAUUGAUGCACUUGGACAGGACUCUAAACAGAGUUGGGCAGGGUUGUGAAUACCUUCUGAGUGUAGUAACCAGAGUUGGACAGGGUUGUGAAUACCUUCUGAGUGUAGUAACCAGAGUUGGACAGGGUUGUGAAUACCUUCUGAGUGUAGUAACCAGAGUUGGACAGGGAUGUGAAUACCCUCUGAGUGUACUAACCAGAGUUGGGCAGGGUUGUGAAUACCCUCUGAGUGUAGUAACCAGAGUUGGGCAGGGUUGUGAAUACCCUCUGAGUGUACUACAGUAUAUGUGUCAAGUAUGAGUUGUUUGGGACUGGUGAAAAACCACUGUUGGACUGGUUAGAGAAGACAGAUGCAGAGUUUGACUUAAACCGUUUUGUUCCUUGGGGAGCAUAGGUCAUUCACAAACUUCUUUCAACAGGUUCCAGGAUGUUCCUGUUUCUUUUAGUUCUGCCUCCACAGACCAGCUGUUCCUGGGUUCUGCCUCCACAGACCAGCUGUUUCUGGGUUCUGCCUCCACAGACCAGCUGUUCCUGGGUUCUGCCUCCACAGACCAACUGUUCCUGGGUUCUGCCACCACAGACCAGCUGUUCCUGGGUUCUGCCUCCACAGGCCAGCUGUUCCUGGGUUCUGCCUCCACAGACCAGCUGUUCCUGGGUUCUGCCUCCACAGGCCAGCUGUUCCUGGGUUCUGCCACCACAGACCAGCUGUUCCUGGGUUCUGCCUCCACAGGCCAGCUGUUCCUGGGUUCUGCCUCUACAGACCAGCUGUUCCUGGGUUCUGCCUCCACAGGCCAGCUGUUCCUGGGUUCUGCCUCCACAGGCCAGCUGUUCAUGGGUUCUUUCUCCACAUACCAGCUGUUCCUGGGUUCUGCCUCCACAGACAAGCUGUUCCUGGGUUCUGCCUCCACAGGCCAGCUGUUCCUGGGUUCUGCCUCCACAGGCCAGCUGUUCCUGGGUUCUGCCUCCACAGACCAGCUGUUCCUGGGUUCUGCCUCCACAGGCCAGCUGUUCCUGGGUUCUGCCUCCACAGGCCAGCUGUUCAUGGGUUCUUUCUCCACAUACCAGCUGUUCCUGGGUUCUGCCUCCACAGACCAGCUGUUCCUGGGUUCUGCCUCCACAGGCCAGCUGUUCCUGGGUUCUGCCUCCACAGGCCAGCUGUUCCUGGGUUCUGCCUCCACAGACCAGCUGUUCCUGGGUUCUGCCUCCACAGGCCAGCUAUUCCUGGGUUCUGCCUCCACAGGCCAGCUGUUCCUGGGUUCAGCCUCCGCAGAACAGCUGUUCCUGGGUUCUACCUCCACAGGCCAUCUUUUCCUGGGUCUUCCCAGUUUCGUUCUUCCCUGGGGGUUCCAGGUUAGAGCCUGUCUGGUUGUGUUUGUGGGUUGUUUCCUCAAGGUGUGCCCAAUCCAGCCCUAUUUCCUGCAUUUUAUUUGGAUUUGUUCUUGUUGUGUCAUUUCUCAGAGCCCUUUGUUUCUUAUGGUGUUUGCCGCUAUAUUCCCAGGAUGUGUUUGUUAA